CGACAUGGAACACGAAGGAAAUGAAAAACCAACGCCAGUGACACAAUCGACCGGAAAGACACGUCGGCCACCUCCAGAUAUUUUGCUACCGCCGAAAAAUGACACAGCGGGCGGAAAACCUGGUAAUCGAUACGAGGAGAUGAUGUUACCAGAUGACGUGAGCAUGGAAUCAGCCACAGAAGCAUUUAUGAGGGCCGACAUCGACAGGGAGGGAAAUGAAAAACCAACUCCAGUGGUAAGCAAAGCGGCAAAGAACGCCAAUUUCGCAUCUCUUCAGGACCAUGACUCGGCAGUAUGUUACCCUUUUAGGCUCUUUAUACUGUGACAUAAAGACGAGAACGUCAACAUUGAAAGUAAUGAACACCAUUAUUAUAUGAUUUUACAUUUACUAUAAGAGCAAUGAAUGCACGAACACACAAGGUUCUUGCUGAAACAAUAGGUAAAUAUCGUAGCGUACAUUUCCAGCCUGAAACACACACAACACAAGCACAAAAAAGGAGUUGCGUGAAAGAUGCAACAUAUUAGCGCGUGACCCAAGCAUGGCGAUAUAACAACGAGAAAUACAACGUACAUAUUCUGCCGCAUUUUUUGUUAUUUCUAGACACAGUCGACCGAAAAGACGCGUCUACCAGCUCCGGAUGUAUUUGUACCGGUAAGCAGCAACAGGUGGAGUUGAGUGCAUAUGAUUGUUUUUCGAGCGGAAUACCUUCUUUUCUCAUUUUUGCUGGAAUCGUAAUGCGCAGUAGCACAAGAACGGUAUUACAUGGCUUAUGUGAUUUCUUUAUAAGGCUCAUUUCACGCUUAAAUAUCUCGAGAAAAAGCGAGCGUAUUUAUAGCAACCCAAUACCUUGCAAGGCCCAAAGGUGUUUAUCCGUCGAUGGGGAGCUCUCCGGCAUUUGUCGCUUUGGAUUACAAUUCCCUGAAAAACAACAGAAAUUGCCUAUGGUUGUUGAAUAGCUCAUCUCACGGUGGGCAACAUUUGGAACAAACGUAUCCUUCAAAUAUUGAAGUUCCCAGCCAA